AUGUGGUAUCGAACUCGUUGGACUUCCUUAUAUUUUACUACUGAUUCUAUAUUAUGUGCUAGACCUGUAUUUGAUUGGAUAUUAAUAGAGCAUCGGGAUAUCAUUACUAAUGUUAAAGUUCUUAUACUAUUGACUGAUGAAAAGUUUUUUACAAAUUGCCGGCAAACUAAAGCUCUUUGGACAUCGAAUAAGGAGACAGAGGUUUUAGAGAAGCAGCUCUUACUGCUACCUCGCUUUGACAGAGUCUUAACUAUACUGAGCAAGAAAGUUGAGAAUUGGUUACACAACUUUGAUGUUAUGAUGCAAGGUUAUCUUCUAAUGGUUUUGGAAGAAGAUUUAUCUAAUCUGGAAGAAGUCUCUGAAAAUGUUGAAAAUAUGCAAGCUUCAUUACUUAUUGGCAAGAUUGUUAAUUUGUCUCAAUAUGACAUUGAAAAUGAAAUAAUUAGCACUGGAUAUGAUGCUGGAAAUAUGGAAUAUUCACCUGAGCAAUUGGUGGAUGAAUUUUUAGCUAAAGAAUCGACUUUG